GAAGAGCAAUCACUGGAAAUAUGGGGCAGAUUCUUCCCACUCCCUAGAGCUGGGCUCACUGGAAUUGAUUUUUUAGACGACGAGUAUAUAUUUGGACGAUCUGAAGACUGUGAUUAUUGCUUUGAGAGAAGAGGAGGCACGUCCAACCAGCACUACCCCACCUACUCCAGCACUCAUUUCAGAAUAUACAGAGAAAGGAGCAAAACUGAUUCGAAUCAGUUUGUUGUGUUUCUUCAAGAUAAAAGCUCUAAUGGUACUUUUAUUAAUGGCGAUAAAAUUGGUAAAAAUAAGACCCAUAUCUUGAACAACGACGAUGAAAUAUCACUCUCAGUCAAAAACAAUAAAGUGUUUGUGUUUAAUGAUAGAAGUGUCUCAGAACAAAACAACAAUUUACCAGAAGAGUUUAAAGACAAGUACACAAUGUCAAAGCAAAUAGGAAAAGGAGCUUGUGGUAUAGUCAAGUUAGCAUUUCACAGAGAAACGUGCAAAGGCUAUGCUAUCAAGAUUAUCAGCAAGAAGAUGUUUUCAGUUGGACCUCAUCUUGGUAGAGCUGCUAUGGAAGAAGUCAAAAUAAUAAAGGCACUGCAACAUCCGUGCAUAAUUCGAGUUGAAGAUUUAUACGAGUCGACUGAUUCACUUUACAUUGUACUUGAACUUGUCGAAGGAGGUGAACUGUUUGACAGAGUCAUACUAAAUGGAAAGUUUAAUGACAAGGUCGGGAAGCUACUGUUUUAUCAAAUGGUUGUAGCCGUCAAAUAUCUUCACGAUAAAGGUAUAACGCAUAGGGAUCUAAAACCUGAGAAUAUCCUAUUGUCAUCUACUGAUGAGGAGACUCUAAUUAAAGUCACAGACUUUGGACUCUCAAAGUUUGUCGGAGAGCAGUCUCUGAUGAAGACACUGUGUGGCACUCCGAGUUACCUUGCUCCUGAGGUGAUCAAGUCGGCAGGUUUGGGUGGAUACAGUAAAGCUGUGGACUGUUGGAGCUUGGGAGUUAUUCUAUACAUAAUGUUAGGAGGGUAUCCACCAUUUUCUGAUGAAAUAAGAGAGCACAGUUUACACGAUCAAAUUUGUCAAGGAAUAUAUUCAUUUCCACCUGCUUACUGGAAUGGAGUCUCCAAAGAUGGUAAUCCUAUGCUACUCCACUUGUGCUUUAAGCAGUCCUUGGAUUCAAGCAAGAGAUGGACUACAGCACAAGCACUGGAACACACCUGGCUUAAAGAUGAAGAUAUGAGAAGGAAAGCUCAUCAGAUGAUGGUGGAAACUGCAGACAAACAUCAAAUGCCACCACCUUCUCUACCAGGUAGUAAAAGGAUUUUAAAUGACGAGAAUAAUAAUAAUGGAGAUUCCAAACGGCCUCAUUUAGAAGGUACUCCUUCUCCAUCAGAUGAUACCAUUAGUAUUGAUACUGAACCUAUUGCAAGGGAUCAAUCUUUCACAUCAAAUCCUGAUACCAAUAAUUCAUAAACUGCACAAUGAUAUUUUUCAUUUUCAACCUUAACUUCUUCCUUUCUUUGCAGAUGUCUACAUUUGUAUCUCUUUUUGUUGCUUCUUUGGCUAUAAUAGACUCUCUAGUUUUCAUUUCCCAAUUGUGUGCGUGGGUGGUGCACCCUUCCUAAUUAAUA